AAUAAGUACAUACCAUAAACAAGGACCCUCACAGUGAUGGAUCGAAAGCAGAGACUGGUGAAAAAACCGUUUGGAAAAAGAUUCUCUUUGGAUAGUAGACUCAUGGAAUAUAUGGACUUAAAUAAAUACAUUGACCAUUUGCUGAUUCAGCUGGAAGAACAACGCUGGAAUAUAUGGAAGGGGAAGCUGUCUGUGGCUCGGCUACAGCAGGAAGUUGCGCAAAGUAAGAGUGACGGAACAAUGCUUGAGAAGCUGACACAUGAGUUGGAGGAAGAGCAGCAUUUGAGACUUGAAAGUGAAAAAAAAUUACGAGAGGUAACACGGGAGUCUGAGCGCAACAGAGCUCAGUUGCGCAGGUUGCAACAGCAGUUUUUAAGAAUGGAAGAGACAGUGAGGAAUCUACUACAAAACCAAGGAUCACCAGAGCCAAAUGAAGAGGAACCUGUUAACAUAAUAAAGGCAUAUCAGGACACAUUGACACAGGAGGGCAAAAGAUGCAAGAAAGCUAUGGAAGACACUUGCAUGGCAGUAGAUAAGGAUUCAGGGAGCAAGAACAGCAGUACUGAAGAAGAGAAAGAAAAGACAAAAUUACUGCUAGAACGGCUCAAGGCUCUUGAGGCAGAGAAUUCUGCGCUGGCCAUGGAAAACGAAAAUCAGAGGGAGCAGUAUGAAAGGUGCCUUGACGAGGUGGCUAACCAGGUUGUACAAGCUCUGCUUACUCAGAAGGAUCUGAGGGAGGAAUGCUUAAAGUUAAAAACAAGAGUCUGUGACCUGGAACAACAGAACCGAACACUCAGCGUGCUAUUCCAACAAAGAGUGAAACCAGCAUCUGGCUUACUGCUUCAGAAACUUCAUUCACGCAUCUUAGAUCGGUCGUCUGGGGAUUUCCUUUCCGAGGUAGAAACGAACAGAGAUUUGAUACCAUCGCGAAGUGCUGAUGUUCAGCUUCAUGAAGGCCAGCAGAAUAUGAAAUCUGGAGUACCUGCCCUGAAAUGCCAGAGUCCGUUAAAUCUGACAGGGCCCAACCGAGUUUAUCCUCGAAGCAGCUGCAGCAGCAGCGAACUCUCUCUGUCAAGUGCCUGCAGUGAAUAUUCCAGCGGCUCCUCCUGCACUUGGAACGAUGGAAGGACGUGCAGUAAAAGGUCAUCAGUCAAUUGGGAUAAAAGGAUAAGCAUUGGUUCCUCGCUCCCCAGAAACCUUUCUAGUCCCGCUGAAGAUCUACCUCCAACCCGAAUCAAGGAAAACCACAUUUUGGAAGGGCUGAAAAAGCUACAAAAGCGAAAAAUACUUCUUGAGCCACCUUCUGUCGUAUCCAAAUGGGGAUAUAAAGACUGCAUGGAUUCGAAUGAAGGAAUCUAUUCCCCUGGAAUUAAGCGCAGCAGUCAUAAAGAAGAGGCAGAUUGCACACCAGAUGAAAUGGACGCCAUUUGCAUGGAGCACCAGAAAACCUUCACAUAUGAUUCAGAUUCACAUGAGGAUGCUGACGACGAGUCUCCCUCUUUAGUACAGCUGUAUGAAGUACCAAGCAAAGACUGUAGGCACUACUGUAAUAAAUUAACUCACAGUGUUUCUGACAGCCUAUUUAGUUGGGAGCCUGAUAGAAGACAUUUACCAGAAAGAGGCUCUUGUUUUAAUUCAAAGGAAAGGCCUGAAAAACUGACUAGUUUUGUCAAUGAAUUUCAGUCAGAGGCAAAAUCAUGCACAAAUGUGGAGCUGCCUGUGUUAGAGAUAGAUAAAAGUCUUGCUAAUGUGGGCUGGAGGGACCUUAAUUUACACCUCUCAGAUACGGAUGACAAUGAAAUCCUGGAUGAAUUGCAUAUAGAAAGUAGUGAUGAGAAAAGCCCAUCAGAUUUGUCAUUAAUUCCCUUUGUUGUCAAGCAUGCAGCACACCCUGAUGGGCUGGUAAAGACAGAAAAUUGUCAGCUAGUAUCUUCUGAAAAGGAAGAAAAACAGGUCCUCCCUCCCUCAGUCAUUAGGCCCAAGGCAUGCAGUUUCAUUAAGCGACAAAAAGUUAUAAAGAAGACUUCCUCGGAAGAAUGCAUUACUGUAAUUUUUGAUGCUGAAGAUGGAAAACCGAUUGAAUUCAGCUCGCAUCAAACUGGAGUUGUCACUGUAACUAGAAACGAACUGUCAAUAAACCACCCAUACACUGGGCCCAACAGAGAAUACUCUGAACGUUUACCUCAGGGAACAGCAGAUUUGCAGAAAAGAACUGACACUCAGAACUGCAGCCUUUUGCAAAUACCUGACAAUAAAACUGAGAGAGAGAUUCACCGGUGUAACAUACAAAGUGAACAUGCUGUGGUUCCCACCACCUGCAGCAAUGAAUCUCUUGUACAUUUUGAAAGACCCAUGUUUCAGAAUAUUCCACAGCGAAAGCUGGCGAUUCCGGUUUGCAGUGUUUCUUCCAAGGCCAGCUCGCCUUCUUGUAUACAGGCAGGUAUUAAUCAAAAACCAAAGUUGACUAAAAUACCCAGCCGAAGUAAGUUUUCACCACAUAAAAUGAAAGGAACCGUGAGUGAAGACGUUUCUGGAAACCCUUCACAUUGCCCUGGAAACCUGGAAAAAUCUCCACUGUCCCCUGUAAAAUCUUUGACAUUUAGAAAGACACAAAGCCCAAUUCAGAAUUCUGAUUCGCGAGGAGAUUUGGACAUCCCAAAGCUCUUAAACCACCCGCCAGAAAAUUCUAAAGUCCUUAGCAGGACACAUUUGCCCAAGAGUCAGCUCCCAGAAUCUACGUUGCCUCAGCAUUUUAUAGAGGCCAUUGAUUGUGGAGAGCCUCCAACUAGAGAUGUUAAUUGUGAUUUGCCUCCUGCAGAAACUACAUCUCCCCCUCACCCUCCUGGCAGGUCAGCGUCACUACUGAUAAGACUAAACUGUGAACAUUCACCACCUAAACCUAGACAGAAAGGGCUACAUUCUCCUAUCGGAACUGCAAAAAACAUUGUUAAGUCGUCACCACUGAAAGGAAUGUCAAAGUGUGUAUUUCACAGUAUCACUGCACGUGAAAUGCAAACCAGCAAUCUCCCUGCAACAGCCAGUGCUGAAGUAAACCACUUUUAUGCGAGGGGGGAAAUAAUUACACAAAGCAAAGGCCUGGCUGAGCACUCCCCUGGAAUAAGCCAAGGCACGCCGAAAGUUUUCUCAAAGAAAAUUUCUCCAAAAAUGUCAAACCAGACUGCACCUUGCAGUAACCAAGAACUUUAUCAUUCCAAGGAUGUCCUCUCAGCAUGCACGUCACAAGAUAUAAAUCCACUGAAAAAUGGGUCAUUGUCUAAGGACGUUGGAACACCUCAGAAACAUAAGAUUGCAAGCAGUUUCCCCGUAUCAUCAGAUUGUCACACAGUAAUGAUUGGUGAGCCUUCUCUUCCUCAGAUUAGUCACUCCCCAUUAUCAUUGUUGUCUCAGGGCAGUGACGCUGGAACCAUGCCAGACAAAGAUCUGAAACCCCAUCUGCCUGUUGGACUUAAAUUACUCAUAAAAUCACCUCAUCUCCUCAGAAAGAGCUGUACCAUACCAGGGAAGCAGGAAAAAGAUAGUAUGAAUGCAGCCUCCAAAAGCUGUGUAAGUUCUAGUAUAUGCAGGCAGGGUAAAUCUGUGUCACAAGCCACCUUAGACGCAGCAGAUACUAACUUAAGGAGUCCUUGUAUAGAGAGUGAAACAAAAGAAAGUUCUGAUAGAGAACCUGGUACAGAUAUCGUUUCUUUUGUUUCACCUGAGACCUUCAACUUAAUGGACAGAGUAGAUGGCCUGGAGAACAAAUCAGUUAAAAAAUCUGUUUCUGCUAGUAAUAAAACAUACCUGAAGCCGGCUCUUGGAAUGAAUGGAGCAAAGGCCCGUAGUCAAAGUUUCAGUAAUCACACGGGAGAAAAAUCGCCUAUGCCUUCAGCAGAAGGGCUCGGAAAAGUACGGACACAAAUUAUUACCAAUACAUCUGAACGAGGAAAUUCUUUAACCAGGCAGACCUCUAGCGUGGAGGGGUUUCAAGUGAAGGCUGUUUCUGGAUCAGCAGUGGCGUCAGAUACAGUUUCAAACACAACAAAAGUCCCUCACGCCACCUACUCUAGACAGGGUUCUUAUGGAAGCACGAGUAGUUGCAGUAGCCUGGUGGGUAGCCCAAACAAACAACCAUUUCAGACAUCUCCAAAGGGGGAUUUAUUUUGCAGCAUUUCAACAAACGAAGGCAACAAAUCACCAUCUCAGAGGAAUGUCCAGAAUAGAUGUGCUGAUGAUGAAAAGGGGGGUGAGAUUUCUAAAUGUCAACCAGUAAGCAAAAAAUGUGUCACACAAGCAGAAAUGGCACCGGAGUCAUCAACCAGUAUUUCAUCAGAACAAAUACUGCCACUUGAGAAAAAUCUCAACAGCAUUUCAAGUCCUCGUAAACGUGAAGGAAGCAAGAUGGUUUUGCAAGAGGCCUGCUUAAAGGGGCCUGAGGCUUCUGAGAAGGUUUUGACAUCACCUGUUUCACAGCCUACAAUAGAAGAGAAAGUUAUGCUGUGCAUCCAAGAAAAUAUGCAAAAGGGGCAAGGACAAAGUAAAUCUCUUACCGCCGAGACAAAGCAAAAGAGUGGAGGACCUUCUAUCGCUAACUGGUUUGGUUUUCGUAAAAGUAAACUCCCAGCCCUGAGUGGUAGGAAAACAGAUAUUUCCAAAGUAAAGAUAGAGAAGAAAGAAGCAAAAAGUUCUGGGUUUGGAAGUAAGCAAACAAAAUCAGAAAAAAGAAAAGAUAAAAAGAAAACCGACUUGCACUGUGAAGCAGAAAAUGAGCUCAAUAAGAAAAGCCUGAAUACCAGUAUUUUAGAUAGUAUUCCAAAGGGGAAGAAAAUGGCCAAACCCUCACAAAAUAGUUUCAGCCAGUCUAGCUGUGAACAGAAGAAUGGCUCAGCUACCUCAGGAAAAGACAAUUUUAUGAAAGAGCUUUUACACAGAGUUGAUAAGAAAGCCGCCCAGCAGACAGAAAGUGGAUCGAAUAAUGUUUCCUACAGGAGGGUGUCGAAGGGCAGUUCCCAGGUCUCUUCUCUCCCCAGCAACUCUAUCAGCACUCAAGGAAACCAGAAGAAAAACAGCAAAACAAAGGCCGAUAUGGAAAUACCAAAUGAGACACUGGCAACCGUGGUAACAGAAAGCUUCCAAGAAGAUAAUGAACACACCAUCACUGAUUCAACAUGUCAAAGCCACGUAAUAGAAUCCUGCUGCCAAAUGAGGACACUCGACAGUGGAAUAGGAACCUUUCCUCUCCCAGACUCAGGAAACCGCUCAACUGGACGGCAUGUCUCAAAGCAAGAACUGGACUUAGAAUCUGAAGUUUUCAUAUCACCUGAGCAAGCUUUUCCUCAGGCUCCUUCUGAGAAAGCCAAAACCCUUGAGCGAGAAGUGCCUUCAACUGCUAAUAAGAACCAAGGAUCUGCAGAAAGCAUAAUUAGUCAUUCAACAUCAGAUCCUACCAUGACUGCAAAAAGUGUACGACCUUUUCAGAGCCGCCUUCCAAAACCAUCUUCUGCAGGAAUAAUGAAUCCUGUGAAAAAAGGUAGACAAGAGGAGAGCUCUCUGACUUCUUCACCAUUAAUGCAUUCAGAAAAAGAAAAAGCUGGCAACAACAAGAAGAUAUUUCCAGACUGGGCCAGCAAAAAAGCUAUUAAGACCAAGGACAGGGCACUGAGAGUCUGCACUUACUCCGCUAGCAGCAGCAGCGAUACGGAAACGGAGCUGGAAUAUGAAACAGACAGUUUUAGAAACAGAGGGGAAAAGUUGGUCGAGUUAAUGAAGAACAACAAACAAGCUGAGCAAGAAGAAAAUAGUGUGAGGAAGUCCUUUAUGGGAAGGCCUAUGUCAAUCUUGGAUUUAUACCAGCACAGCCUCUGUGGCCAUUACGGAGAGGAUGAACCUGAACAAUUAGCACAUUACAGUUUUAUUGAGCAACUGAAUGGAGCUUCCACUAAAGAUGGCAAGAGCAAAAAGAUCCCUAGUAAAUUGAAGCAACCUGAGGAAACAAAGGAAGAUCCAGAGAAGAGGCUCGCUAAAAUUUCCCUAGAGUCGCUCAAUAAAUUUAACCGCAGCAGCAGCUUUUUAUUGGAAAAAGAGAAGAACGGUCUGAGCGAGGUUGAAGGACAAAAAGAAGAAAAUGGCAUGAAUGAAGACAUUUCUCUAAAUAGUUCCGACCGUCAUGGAAUAGACCACUUAGAAUCUUUGAGUGAUUCUUUAUAUGAUAGCUUCUCAUCCUGUGCAAGCCAAGGCUCGAAUGAUGUAUAAAGACUCUCUACGAUGAGCUUUGAGUUGAGCACUUAAGCAACGG